CAGUAGUCGAGCAGUUCAACAAAACCUCAACUGCACACUGAAAUAAUAAUAAUAAUACAUAUACAUAUAUAAAAAGAGAAAAAUCACAGCCAGGCAUCCUGAAAAAUGCCAUCAAAUUUCCUCACACCCUUCCUGGAGUUGGAUGAUGAAUUUUGCAAGAGUUUCCGUGGCAUUGACCUCACCGAUGCCACACAGAAGCAGCGUGUGGUUGGAUUCCAGCGCAGACACUCGCUAUGCCCGGUGACUCUUCCUAACUCGAAAUUCAACAGUACGGACAGCAGUUUAUGGCCUCUGCCGGCCCUCAAUCAAUCCUGGAGCCUCGAGAAAAAACAGCAGCUUCCGCGUUCCUCCCUGAACCACAUCCCAUUCAGAGUGGACCGUUCUGUGAGCAUGAUCGAGGGUCAUGUGAGUGGAUUAGAGAGUCCAACAACCACCAAUAAUCCUCUCCCACCACCGCCGCCUGGUCUAAACAUCAGCAACUGCUCUCCAAAACUCCUCAGCACCAACUCGACAGCUCCGAUGUCCACCCGAUAUAAAACAGAGCUCUGUCGCACGUUUGAAGAAAGCGGCACUUGUAAAUAUGGGGCCAAAUGCCAAUUCGCUCAUGGGAUGGAAGAGCUGAGAGGUUUAAACAGGCAUCCGAAGUAUAAAACCGAACCAUGUCGUACUUUUCACACCAUUGGCUUCUGCCCGUAUGGUGCCCGCUGCCACUUUAUACACAACGCAGAAGAGCAGAUGGGGCUUUCAGAAAACACACACAUCCGAGAGCGGCCGCAGUUACUCAGGCAGAGCGUCAGCUUUAGCGGAUUCUCAUCGCAAAAGCAAAACUUCAGUGGUUUUCAUGCUGUGCCUGAUGCUUUGGCCUUUUCCAGAUCAUCUUCGGUCUCUCCGCCGCCAUCUACAGGCAGUCCAGAUUUGCUGUCUCCUCUAUUUCCUGAGCCCGGAAGCCUGAAAAGCAGUCAUCCGUUUGCCGAUCUGGGUCCCAAUGGAAACUUCUACACCAUCAGCGAUGCAGAAAGCGUGCAAAACCUUGCAUAUGCGCUCAAGGGUCUGCAAAGAAGUGCGUCUGCAGACUCUCUUUCUGACCAGGAUGGAUACACCAGCUCCAGCAGUCUGAGCGGGUGCGAUUCUCCCAGUCUGGAGGGCAAACGUCUGCCCAUUUUCAGCCGCCUGUCUGUCUCAGACGACUAGAAAACACUGCAUAUUGCAUUGGCUUAUUCAUAAAGUCAACGUGAUUAGGCAUGGGCCGGUGUUUGAUUCUGAUGGUAUGACAACCCUGGAUUUCAUAUCACUAAAUACGUUCUUUAUUUAAUGUCUGGCUCAAAAACAAUACCUUUUUGCCCACAUUAAACACAAUAUAUUUAAUGUUACGAACAUUUAUGAUCCUUCAGAACAGUAUAUUUUGAUGUGGAAGGUUUACUUUUCUGCCGGAGAUACUGUUGCAUUAAAUAAACUGAAUAAAAUAGUCAUAAAAAAAUAGCAUAUCAGAAAAUUCUGCCGAUUUUAAAACCCAAAACUGAGGUAAACCUUGAAUCAUCGUCCCAUGCCUACACAUGAUAGUACAUGAACGCAAGGAAACUUGAUGUAUACCGUUGUAUACCUGUUUGAAGCUGCAGUGGGAACUUCACUUUAGGUUUAUGUGUUUUGGGAAGCAGUGUUUUGUCUGUCCUUUUCCCAAGGCGCCCAUCUGUAGUCUAACCAAAGCUGAGCAACUUAGAGUAUGUACAUCUCUAGUGUCUAAUACGUCUAACCCGCUCCCUGAACAUAUACUGUAGCCUUUAGUUGAGGCAUUUUGUUGUUGUUUUUAAACAGACAGUAUUAUUGAGUAGUCUAACCGUAGUCCUUUCCUUAAAAACAAACUAUUUAUUGCUUUUGUAAUAUGCAUUGGUUAUGUAAGUGUGUGUUUACGCAUUUGGAAGAAGGAACGAUGUAGAUAUGGCUUUCUGUUUGUUUCUUUGAGCCCAUUUGUCUGCUUUUGCACGAGCUAUAUCUCUUAGCUUUAACGAAGACCAGCCGCACAGAGUCUCAGUGUAGGAAUCUCAGGAUUGUUGUGCUAUCGAUACACUCCUGUAUUCAAUAAUGAUAGUCAGAGAUAUCCAUAAGGAAGAGUCAAAGAUGUCCAUAUGCAAGCCAACGUGAAUGUGAAAAUGACAGAAACAAGUCAAGUCCAACCGCAGCCUCCUAUUAUUACGUAAGACGCGAGUUCUGGUGUUCGUGGGUUGUGUUUUAUCAUUUGAUGUUCGUUUUUUUUGACAAGAUACGCUUUUGCCUUUUGUUAACUUAAAACUUAUUUAUUUGUUUUUCUUUCUUAAAGUGUGAGAACAGUAUAUUGUGUUGUGCUUUCGUUUUGUGUUUGUUUACUUGUAUAAUUUAAAUGACCUGUUUACAUUCCAUGGGAUGGCGAUGCCCAUUUUCAUUAUAAUAUAUUGUUUUAAAUAAACGUUUC